AUGGCUCGCAUUCAUCGAGUGUUUUGCUGCUUCAUCCCUCUUUGUUAUUUCUGUGCUCACACUUUUGUGGGCAUUGCAAAUAGCUGGACACAACCGGCUCGGAUGGCCGCAGGAGAAAGCCUUGUAGCCCGGGAGGCUGCAGUUAAGUUCACCUACUUUCCUCUCUUCGCGAAAGGUCCUGCCUGCGCAUUUGCUCUGGAGCACAGCGGCAUUGAAUGGCAAGGUGCAUUUCCAGGCGACUGGAAGAGCUUGAAAGCAACAACGCCUUUUCUGCACCUUCCUAUCCUGGAAACCGAGGAUGCUGGGACGAUUGGGCAUGAGCUGGCAAUCCUGAACUACAUCGGUCAGAAAUCUCAAAAAAUGGGGGGCGCCGGUGCAAAGGAAUUUGCCAUCUCCCAGCAGCUGAUGUGCCAGGCAGAAGACAUUUACCAGAAGUUGUCGAAGCUGAAAGCUGGUAUCAUUACAGGUGCAGAAGCAGAUGCCUUUUGGAAUGAUGUGGAUGAGCAGUCGCACAAUAGGAAUUUCGGAGUGAAAGUCUACUUACAACUCUUGGAGGCCUUCUACAAGAGCUGCGGCGUUGAAGGUGGAAAAUUUACCACUUCAGGCGUCACGGUCGGCGAGUGCAAGCUUUUCGCCACAUUUCAUAUUUUGAUUCUCAUCAAGGAGGACAUUCUCAAGGACUACCCAGGUUUGAGCAGCUUUUACACGCGCUUUGCAUCAGAAGCAGCGACGCAAUCGAUUUUGAAAGAUGGUGGCAAGAUGCCCGACGCCUUUGAGCAGUGCUGUCGAAAUGUCCACAUUGGCUGCGAGCAGCCAAGACCGGAAGAGCCAACAUCUGAGCCCUUCGACUGCCGCGCGGGUGUGUGGAACUUCCGAGAGGGCUGGUCUAAAACCAAGAAGGACUAUUGCUGUCGACACCACGAACUUGGCUGCGAAUCAAGACCAGAUGUGGUUAUUUAUCCAUUCACCAACAAGCCAGUGGCAAAAUGUGCUGGUGUUGAGUCAGAGAUCAGUUCUUGUGUGCGAGAGCCAUGCUUGGACUUGUGCGAGCCAGUGCAUUGCGAAUUUAGUGAUUGGUCAGUUUGGUCCAACCUUGGUGGAUGCUUUGGCUUGUGUCAACGUGAAAGGAGGAUCAUCCAGCCCAACAAUGACUGCGGCAGGCCGUGCCAUGGACCUAAAGUGGUGACAAAAGCCGGUGGUUCCAGCUGCAUGCCAGACUCAGAGUGCGAACUUGAAGGGGAUGUCAACUGCCACUGGGAUGACUGGUCUGAGUGGAGCAAUACCUGCUUCGAUGUGGUGGUGGAUCAGCCUUGCUUCAGUUCAGCACGUCUCGGUUUUGCUGGAGAGGAUCCUCGCGUCCUUGAUGCAGGGCUGCCAGGUCUCUUAAGAUAUCAGAAUGGAAGCGUGGGAUUUGACAGCUCGGACGUAAAGGCUGUCUUUCAGGAGUUCUCCCUGCACGAUGGAUGCAGGCGUCCUUUGCUACUCUCGGAGCCACCAGCGGAGACUCGAGCUCUUCGGCGCCUGCUGGCAGAGCUCAGUUUCGAGGCAGCUGAAGCGCCUGAGGCAACUCUGCUCAAUAGCGCGCUGCUGGCAGCCAUAGCAUGUGGAAAGAGUGAUGCCACCGUGAUCGAUAUUGGCGCAGGUCUCGCGUCUGUUGUACCACUCUUGCAAGGAUGCAUCCAGCAGGAUUGCGUGAAAGAGCAAUGUUUCGCUGGCCAUGCAUUAGACAUCAAUGUGUUAGAUGCCUUGAAAGCACAGGGUGUGACUCUCCCGGACAAGACGUCACCUGAUAGGCAAGCCUUUGCUGGCUAUGGAUGCUAUGGUUCUUUGCGUUUAGCACAAGACAUCAAAGAAUCUGCAACCUGA